GCCGGGACGGGGGGAUUUUCCCCGGGCGGGGUCCGGCUGCCGCCCGCCUUCCCUGCCUGGCUCUGGGGAUCCUUGACCGCGCGCACAGCUGAGCUCCGGGGAUGGGAAGGGCGACCUGGGCGAUGCUCCCCCGACGCGCCCCACGGUAGGCACCCUCCCUCUCGCGGGGCUACGAGAAGGGGGUACCCUUCGCGGUUUGCAAAGUGCUUUGGGCUGUUUUAAGCGGAUGCUGGAGUCCGGCCGGUCCCUGUGUUAAACCCAAUCCUCAGGAGGUGGGCACCAACCUUACUGACAUCGUCGUCCAGAGAAAGAUUACCAUCCGGGAGCUGGGGGGGUGUAUGGGCCCCAUCUGGUCCAGCUACUUUGGAAAUUGCCACUCUCUCCUGUUCAUGAUGGACGCCGCUAACCCCACUCAGCUGUCCGCGUCCUGCGUGCAACUCCUGGGCCUCCUUUCUGCAGAGCAACUCGCAGAAGCAUCCGUCUUGAUUCUCUUCAAUAAGAUCGAUCUGCCCUGUUACAUGACUGUAGACGAGAUGAAGUCAUUGAUCAGGCUCCCAGACAUCAUUGCCUGUGCCAAGCAGAACAUCACCACGGCCGAAAUCAGCGCCCAGAAGGGCACUGGCUUAUCGGAGGUGCUGCGCUGGCUCCGGGACACCCACAGAGCUGACAGGCGACUGCCGGGAGGAGAACCGUGACCGGCCGGCUCUGGGGAGGAGGCAGGGAAUGGCAGUGCUUGCCCUCUGGCGAUCUGUUCUCGUCAGGGACAGGACGACCCGACGUGAGCCUAGGAGAUGGGCCCCUGUCCUGAGUGGCGGCGAUGGGUAACUGGCCUCUGAACGAAAAGAUUGUCCCCAGGACUGGGAGAGGACAGGCUCGCAGGUGGCUGCGUGUCCUGCCGCCAUCCUGGGAUGUGCUUCCCGCCCAUCGGGAAAGCAGCCUUACUUUCCUGACGGUGUUUGCACCGCCUGGGACCAGACUUGUUCUGGGGACUGUGGCACAAAGCCGUACCUGGGGAGUUCCCCACAUGCCGACGAUGUGGCCUCCGUCGUGUGAGGCCGUCAUCUUAGGAGGAACCGAGCCCGGAGUCAGAACAAGA